GUCAAGGAUGACGUAGGAAUCAUUUCUACAUCGAAAACAGAAAAAGGGCUAUGAAGCAGAUGAUGACAGCUGAUUUAUAUCUCAUAAUGUCCUGUUUGUUUUAAUGUUAAACUCUUUAAAAAGUAAAAAAGAAUUCUAAGAAAAAUGAGUGAAUUAACUCCAGACGAGAUCCGGCGUCGAAGACUUGCCAGAUUGGCUGGUAAUGCAUCCUCUAGUUCACAGAGCGACGGAUCUCCAAGUCUGUCCCAGGCCAGUGGGGCAUCCAGCCAGGCCUCUGACUCCCAAUCCACAAUGUCAAGAACUAACAGCACACCUCCUAGCAGUCUUAAUGUGGAUCCUAUCACCCCAGAAUCUCAGAGGAGCCUUGACAUGGAUUCCGAGUGUUCAGAAAAGAACUCACAAUCACAAAUGGAUGUAGAUUCUGGAAUAGAAACAAUGGAAGUUGAUGACUCAGAUAUGAAGUUUGAGAUCAAAAGAAGAAGGGAUACCAGUAUUGGAUCAGAAGCCACUGUAGAACAGGUUACUGAGGCCGUGGGUCGAGUGUGUUUGGUGUCUUGGAAAGAAGAGACUCAAGAUGCUGUGUACAUACCUGAACUUGCAGAUUGUGAGGCUGAAGAUGACUGUAAGGAGAUGAUUAAUCAAUCCUUGAUGGAAAUGCUGUUGAAAAUAAGAGAUUGCCCAGAGAAUCCAGUGUUAAAAAUUCGACCCAAUUUCUCUUAUGCUGUAUCCCCAAAGAAACCAGGAUCAAGCCCAAGAAGUGUUGGCACAAUGAUGUCACCAGAUAUGCAGCCAAAGAGAGAGUUUUCUGCCAAGUACCAGCCAGAAAACUGUAAGGAGGUGGAGAUGAUCAGCUAUCUGAUGGACUGUUACGAUAGGGCCGGGCUGGAGGAGAGGCUGGCUCCAAAGAGAGCAAGUGUCCCUCCAUUGAGUCUGAUGUUGUCCAGUGCUAGACAUCAGUGUGUGUGUCAUACUGCAAUAGUUCUGCAGGGAGGACUCACCACACCCAGAUCUGUUGGGGGCAACUCUCUACUGCUUUCCUAUCUAUUGUCUCAUAACUUACCUCGCGGCUUUCUCCCUGAGCUUGUGCAAACCACAUGUGAUGACAGGGACACAUUUAGAAGGGUGUUUAUCCCAGUCCUACAGGGCUUAAACAGACAUAUCCAUGGCAUGUCCUUGGACAGUGAAGACUACAGAGACCCUCUGUCCGUCCUGUCCGAGCUUUGUGAAAUCAAGAGUGGCAACUCGCGACCUAUAUGUGGCCUGGCUGUAGAGCUGGUAAACUGGAUCCCGGUCACUCUCACCAAGGCCACAGGAAUGGAGUUAGAGAAGCUGUCCUGGCUUGGGCCAUUCCUGGGGCUCUCUGUUUUUGCAGAGGAUAAUACCAAAGUAGUGGAGAAGUUUUUCUCGGGCCACCAGUUGUCGGCUGACAGCACCAAGCUGAUUCACCAGUCUCUGCAGCAUGGCAUGGGGUACGCCCGGGCCGAGCUGUUCAAAAUCCUGCACACAAUUCUAGUCAAUGGACAGAGCCGCGACCUGGCAUUAUCUUACAUAGCCAAAGCUCUGGAGAGGAACGCCAAGAAAUCCCAGAUACAGGUGGAUGAGAGAUAUGUAGCAGGAGAUGGAUUCAUGUUGAACUUACUGUCCGUCCUUCAACAGCUGUCUGUGAAAAUCACGCUGGACAAGGUUGACACAUACUACCCAUUCCAUCCAAAUUCUCGAGUGGGCAUUAAGUCAGAGACACGCCUGAAGGCCCUUCCUCAACAUGCAGAGAAAUGGAUCAAGGAAUUAUCUAAAGAAACACCCCCCUGGCAGGACCCCAAAUUUCCCACUGAAUGUUUCUUCCUGACCCUCCAUUGUCACCACCUGUCAAUCAUUCCUGCUGUUCGGCGGUACCAGCGCCGUCUUCGUGCAAUACGUGAUCUCAACAGAAUGGUGGAGGACCUAGAGAACACAGAGUCCCAGUGGAGCCAGUUCCCGCACGCUGCACGGAACAAGGAGAUGCUCAAGAAAUGGAAAUCUCAAGUUCAGAGGUUGCAGAAGAGUAAACUCUGUGCUGAUGCAGCUAUUUUGGACGAGUCCUUGCUUAGACACUGUCUAAAUUUUUACAGUGGUGUGUCUACGUAUAUUCUUAAAGUUGCAGACCCUCAGAAUAUGGGUCAAACUCUGCCCUUGCCCAAGAAUGUGCCAAUGCCAUUUGGAGCUCUUCCUGACUUCUAUCUAGAAGACAUCGCUGAUUAUCUCCUGUUUGUUAUUCAGUUCAGCCCUGACGUGUUGAAUGACCCCUGUAUGACUCAGAUCAUCCACAUGCUGAUAGUGAUGGUGUGUAACAAUGAAUACAUCGGCAACCCGUACCUGACUGCAAAGCUGGUCGAGGUCGUAUUUGUCAUGAACCCUAGCGUCCAACGCAGAACCGGGAGUCUCAAUGAGCAGUUCUUACUGCACCCUCUAGCCCUCAAACACUUGGUGCCGGCUCUGAUGAAGUUUUACACAGAGAUUGAAACCACAGGAGCCAGCAAUGAGUUUUAUGACAAGUUCUCCAUCCGCUACCAUCUCAGUAUCAUCUUCAAGACCAUGUGGCAGACCCCACAGCAUCAGCUCAACAUGAUAGAGGAGGCAGACAAUGGCAAACAGUUUGUGAAGUUUGUGAACAUGCUGAUGAAUGACACAACCUUCCUGUUGGAUGAGAGUCUGGACUGUCUUAAGCGGAUCCACGAGAUCCAGGAAGCCAUGCAGAACAUGGAGGAAUGGGAGCGACAGCCCAAGGUAGGUCAGGGGUCAGCUGGAGGGGUCAGGGGUCAGUGUCUGAACUAUUAUAGUGUACAGCAUUGAUCCUUAAAAUGUUUAAAAUAGAAUUAAAGGGGUAAGGGGGAAAAUGGACUUAAAUAGGAAGUAGUAUAUUAAGUCAUCAACUUUUGAUGUAAAAUACUUCUAAACAUGAUCAAAAUUUACUUCAAAAACUAAAGAUACACAAGAUGAAUAAAUUUCAGAAUGCAUUAAUGACCUCUAUACUUGGUUUUGUUUGUGCAAGGCUUUGAUGUUACAAUGUACAUAGACUGUUGAUUCUGUCUUGUCAUUGAUAUAUAGAUAUAUAUUAUUAUAACAGUCACUUGAUCCAAAGGGUCGGAUCACGUUGAGUUGCCAGGCGCGGAUCAUCAGAUCAAACGAGACGCGAGUUUGUUUUGAUAGUCUGUGCCUGGCAAUGAGACAUGAUC